AUGUUCCAUUUACUCUCUUUAAAUUCGAUUAUUUUUUUGGUAAUCUUAUUGAAAGUUGUGACCUGGACUAUGCUUGAAAAAGUGUUGGCCACAUUCUUAGUUUGCGAAACAAAUGAGCGAAAUGCGAUUGUGGUGUUGUCUCAUGUGUCGUGA